UCUUGUUGAGAAUCUCAUAAGAACUACAGAUUGAAUGACAGCCAGACAAUAGGCUCGCCACUAAACAACCCCUAAUUCAAACAAUCACAUUGGUGGACUACUUCAUAUACAGUAUAAUUUCCUUCCUAAUGAUAUUGGGUUAAAAGUUUGAUUAGGAUGAUGAGCUACUAGUUAGCGUUUUGGGUUUACUGCAGCUGUAGAGGCCUAAGUCUCGUCCAUCUAACAUCUAUAUAGAACAAAGGCUAUGCACGGGAGGACUGGGAUAAUAUAAAGCGGGAGACUUCGAAAGUUAUGGAUGGAAAAUGUGAUCACGAUUGCGGGUUCUCUGGAACAUGUCAUAAAUGCCGCCGCCUCAUUAAAGGGUGUGACUCUGGCUGCCAAGCGUUAGGUAAUCUCUACCAUGCACAGUGUUUCCUCUGUCACACCUGCGGAAAAGAGUUACGAGGUCAAGAAUUUUACCGACUGGAAAAUCGAGUGUACUGCAAACAAGACUACAAGAGUUUGGAGCGGCAUCAACGUCCCAAGCGAUGCCAUUCUUGUAAAGAGGUCAUAGGCCAAAGGAUAUUGCAGACCCUCGGGAGAGACUACCAUCCCGUCUGCUUCCGGUGCUGUGUGUGUGAGGUAGAGCUCGAGGGAACCCCUUUCACUGUAGACCGACAAAAUGCAAUUUACUGCAUCCCCGAUUACCACAGAAAAUAUUCUCCUAGAUGCCAUGCUUGCAGAGAGCCAAUAGCACCGGAUGAGAAAUCUGACGAGACUAUUCGAGUGGUUUGUCUUGGAAAACAGUUUCAUGACCGGUGCUUCAAAUGCGAGGACUGUGGAAUUCAGUUAUGCAGCGAGGGGAGUGGAUGCUAUCCACUGGACAAAAGGCUACUUUGUUUAAAAUGUAAUGAAAGAAGACAAGACCACACCCGGCGAUACAGCCAAAAUGAUACAAAAACACAAUCCAAUAUAGUAAAAACACACAGAUAGGAAUAACAGAAUAGGAUUUAAUUAAGAAAUAGUUUACUAGCUAUACAGAUGUAUUUAUGAAUAAUGGUGGGAUGAAUAGUUCAAAUAACCCUAUUCUUGGUUCCUGGUAUAUACUUCGUAAAAAUAAUUUUGCUUGAAGUCAGGCCAUUUUAGAAUUCAUAGCUGACACCUAGUUACUCCUAAAAACUGGUGUAUCAAGGUUACUCAGGGUGUACCUACAGUACAGUGUAAUGGUUGCCGGUGUGGUUUAAAGCCGCAUUGUCACCAGUUUGCUUCCGGAGGUCCUACGGAAACCUCAACCGUUAAAA